AUGUCUCAUACCGCGCUGAUCACCGGUGCAACAGGCCUGCUCGGCCGCGAAGUCACCAAGUCCUUCAAGCAGGCGGGAUGGCUGACCGUUGGCCAAGGGUUCAAUCGAGCCGCCCCGCCGACGAUUCUGAAGGCCAAUUUGGAGGAUGCCAGCGAUGUGAAGAGGAUAAUCGAUGAAGCCAAGUAUGUGCCAGAUGCCUGCGAAAACAACCCGGAGCAGGCACGCAGACUCAACAUCGAAGCCACCCGCAUCCUAGCCGAAGAGACCUCCUCGCGAGGCAUUCUUCUCAUCUACAUCUCGACAGAUUACGUAUUUCCAGGCACCGAAGGCGAAGCACCCUACGAAGCCGACUCGGCGACCAACCCGCCGAAUAUCUAUGGCGAAAUGAAGCGUGCUGGCGAAGUGGCCGUGUUGGAAGCCACCAAGGAGAGUGGCUUCGGACUUGUAUUACGCCUCCCUCUUCUAUACGGACAUGCAGAAUACAACGGCGAAAGCGCGGUGAAUACCAUCCUCGACGCGGUCGAGAAGAGCAGCAAGGACGCCGCGGCAGGCAUCAAGAUGGACGACUGGGCGCUUCGGUAUCCGACAAACACGCAAGACGUGGGACGCGUCUGCAACGACAUUGCAGUACGCUACAUCAGGGCCAAGGACAAUAUCAAGUCGCUGCCGAAGAUCCUACAAUUCUCCGCCGAGGAGGACAUGACCAAGUAUGACAUGGCGCAACGAUUUGCGAAGAUCCUCAACAUCGAGAUCCCAGGCAUGAUUGCGAAUAAGGAAGGGAAUGAUCCCAAUGCAGCUGUUAAGAGGCCGUACAAUACGCACCUGUCGACCAAGGUGCUCCGAGAAGUGGGCGUCAAUGUGCAAACGGUGAAGUUUGAUGACUGGUGGCGAGCAUACUUGAGAAAGCCGUGA